AUGUCAGGGGAAGAAAAUAAGACAGAAGUCUUCACGGUAGUGGCAAUGGAGAAGGACGAGAGUAAGAGAAGUCAGAGGAGAUGUGUUUAUGAGCAGUACGUGCAGCCCUGUCUGGCUGAGCUGUUGGGGACGAGCUUGUUUGUAUUUGUGGGGUGUGCAUCUGUUAUUGGGAACGUGGAAACGGGGGGUGUUGUCCAGCCUGCUCUGGCGCAUGGACUGGCCCUGGGAGUGCUGAUCGCAGUGUUUGGACCAAUCAGCGGAGGACACUUUAAUCCUGCAGUGUCUCUGAGUGUUUAUCUGUGCGGAGGCAUGAAGCUGCUUUUGCUGGUACCUUAUGUCGUAGCUCAGAUGGCUGGAGGGACGAUCGGUGCUUUUUUAACCCAGGCAAUAUACCCCUCUGAUAAGUAUACCGCUUCCAUGGGAGGAGCCUUUAAUGCAGUGUCUGCUGAUGCUGGUAAAACCACCCUGGCAGAAAUGGUGUUGACCCUGAUCCUCACCUUGGUGGUGUGCUUGGGGGCCGUCAACAGGAAAACCCGAACAGACUGGGCUCCUUUUAGCAUUGGCCUCACUGUGGUAGCCAACAUAUUUGCUGGGUAA